CAUCUUUGAAGUUUCAGAUACAACCCAACAGAACACGAUACAAUGCUUUGUUUUUUGUUCGGAUGGAGAAAAACCUCCAAGUGUAAGAGUGUAGUGAAACAGCUUCAAUGUCGUCUAAAGCUACUCACGAACAAGAAAUACGCCAUUUCUUCACAUUUACGAAACGAUAUAGCUCAGUUACUACGUAUUGGUGAACGAGACCGUGCUCUUCAUCGUGCUCAACAACUCUUCCUUGAUGAGAACUUAAUGUCUCUCUACCACUUGUUGCUUCACUUCUCCGACAUUGUCCUCUUCAACCUCUCUUACAUUCGAAGACAUAGAGACCUUCCUGAUGGCAUCAACGAAGCUGUUUCAACACUUGUCUUUGCCUCUGCUAGAUGUGGAGACUUGCCUGAGCUACGUGCCUUGAGGAUUCUUUUUGGUGAUCGUUAUGGGAAACACUUUGUGGACACGGCUCUUAAUCUUCUGCCUUGUAAUCGUGUCAACCUUCAGGUUAUAGAGAAACUCUCCAUAAUCUCAGUAUCGGAUGAUGCCAAGUCCAAACUAUUAGGUGAAAUAGCGGAAGAGUACAAUCUUCGUUUAGAAGUUUUGGCGCUCGAAUAUACUCCAGAAUUUCACAAACAGGUAAAAGAAAGCGAGUAUGUAGAAGGAGAGAAAGAAGUCAUGGGUACCGAUUCUGCUCAGCCGCCGUGUGCGUCACAAAAGGCUGAUAGCGAAACAGAAGUGUAUAAGUUUACUCUCACGGAUGCGGAUACAGAGGAAAAACAAGCGCAACAAAGUCGUAGUAAAGCAUCAAGUGAUGAGGAUGAUUGCAUAGAGGAACAAGUGGUGGAAAAAGAUCAAAGUGUAUUCAGAUUCAUAGAGACUGAAGAAGAGAAAAAAGAGAGAAAGAGGUCAAGGAGAAACUCAAGAUCAUCAUCAAGCAGUCCAAUCGCGAAAGACGUGGAUUGUUGGAGGUACUACUACAAGGGAAAGAGAAGUCGUCAAAAGAAAGAGUGUGGUGGUAAAUGUUUCCAUAUAGUGUACAACGUGUUUACAAUGUUGCCGGAUCAAAAGGAAAGCGAAGAAGGCGAAAGAAGUUUGAAGAAAGCUAUGCAUGUUCAUCCUAAGCUUCCUGACUAUGAUCAGAUUGUUGCUCAUUUUACUGCUCUUAGGAAACAACACCACCAACAACAAAAACAUAUGCGUUCACGAUAAUUCGUUACUCUCAUUCUUUCACAUGAACAUUUACAAGUUUGAUCCAUUUAUUGUUAUGUUAUGUUAUGACUUAUGAGAUUCAGUCACACAUUAAAAAAAAAAAACAGGGGAACAUAGUUUGUAUUUUACUCAGUCCAAGUGAAGCUUAUAAGUGCAUAACCAAUAACAUUAUAUUACUUUC